AAUUAGUUUGAUUGAAUUGUUGUCAGGACAUACACACAUAAACAAUAGAAAUGCUUAGGUUGAGACAUAGUGUGAACCGUCUUGCAAAGGUUUCUGCUCCUCGCGUCAACGUCAAUGUUGUGGCCCGUAGUUUGGCCACCACUGCCGACGCAGCAGCCAACCCAAACAGAGUUCAUGGUGGACUUAAAGAUCAAGACAGAAUCUUCCAAAACGUCUACGGUAAGUACGGCCAUGACUUGAAGUCUGCCCAAAAGAUGGGUGACUGGUACAAGACCAAGGAAAUCAUCCAAAAGGGUGACAAGUGGAUCAUUGACGAAAUGAAGAAGUCUGGUUUGAGAGGUAGAGGUGGUGCUGGGUUCCCAUCGGGUCUCAAGUGGUCUUUCAUGAACCCUCCUGGAUGGGAAAAGAACCCUGGUCCAAGAUACUUGGUUGUCAACGCCGAUGAAGGUGAACCAGGAACCUGUAAAGAUCGUGAGAUCAUCAGAAAGGAUCCUCACAAGUUGGUUGAAGGUUGUUUACUUGCCGGUAGAGGUAUGAACGCUACUGCUGCCUACAUUUAUAUCAGAGGUGAAUUCUACAACGAAACCGUCAUCUUGCAAAAUGCCAUCAACGAAGCCUACAAGGCUGGACUUUUGGGUAAGAACGCUUGUGGAUCUGGUUAUGACUUUGAUAUCUACAUUCACAGAGGUAUGGGUGCUUACAUUUGUGGUGAAGAAACUGCCUUGAUUGAAUCCAUUGAAGGUAAGGCUGGUAAGCCAAGAUUGAAGCCACCUUUCCCAGCUGGUGUUGGUCUUUUUGGUAGACCAACCACUGUUGCCAACGUUGAAACCGUUGCCGUUGCCCCAACUAUCUUAAGAAGAGGUGGUGAUUGGUUUGCCUCAUUCGGUAGAGAAAGAAACGCUGGUGUUAAAUUAUUCUGUAUCUCUGGUCAUGUUAAUGAACCAUGUACUGUCGAAGAAGAAAUGUCUAUUCCAUUGAAGGAAUUGUUAGAAAAGCAUUGUGGAGGUGUUAAGGGAGGUUGGGACAACCUUUUGGGGGUUAUUCCAGGUGGUUGUUCCGUUCCAAUCAUGCCUAAGGAUGUAUGUGACAAUGUUUUGAUGGACUACGAUGCCUUGAGAGAUGAAGGUUCUGGUUUGGGAACUGCUGCUGUUAUUGUUUUGAACAAGCAAACAGAUGUCAUCAGAGCUAUCCAAAGAUUCUCUGCCUUCUAUAAGCACGAAUCAUGUGGUCAAUGUACUCCAUGUCGUGAAGGUACCACUUGGUUACAAAGAAUGAUGGAUAGAUUUGUCACUGGUCAAGCUAAGGAAAGCGAAAUUGACAUGAUUUACGAAUUGACUAAACAAGUUGAAGGUCACACUAUUUGUGCCUUGGGUGAUGCUGCUGCUUGGCCUAUCCAAGGUUUGAUCAAGUCAUUCAGACCAACCAUGGUUGACAGAAUCAAGCAAUACGAAAACCAAACCGUUGGAUAUGGUGGAUGGGUUGAAGGCGGUAAAGUCAGAGAAGGUGUAGUGAUUGACAACCCUAUUCCUCAUGGACAUUAAGUCAAAGAUUUUGAAAGAUGAGAGAAGGAGCGAGGCGAUGGAGAAACGUGACGCCCACCAUAAGACGAUUGAUAUUUGAUCGUCCAGAAUAGCAUUUACAGUAGAUAUAUGAUACUAAUAAAAGUAUAGUAGAAA